AUGGACAUUCAAGGUAACCUCACAGAAAACCAGGCCUCGCAGCCAAUGCAUGUGCAAGAAAACUGCCUGAAACCCAGCAUGGAGGAUCAGCUUCCUUUUGGAGUUCCUUCCUCACAGGGUUUCUUGCAAGAUUUUCAUCAUAUUGAUCACUUUCCUGUGAAUGAUGGCUCCUCAUCCAAUCCUAUUUUCUUGCAACAUACUCCAAAUUUUGAUCCCUUUGAUCACAAUUGCAAGCCUUUUGCUGAGAGCAAUGGUAGUGCACAUGUUCAUCUGAUGCACAAUUUCCAAUAUGUAGGUUAUAGUUUGAACCUCCCUCGGACGAAUCAACUGGAUAUGGUGGUGGCAAACCAGAGAUUCCUGCCCUUCGGUGCUCUAGAAACGAAACCUUUGAAUUUUGUUGCACCAGAUGAAAUCUCAUGCAUAUCCCCACCUAAAUUUUAUAAGAAAGUUGGUUUGAAUAAAAACCUUAGGGAAUCCUCUAGCACUAGGAGAACAUUCAAAGCUCGGAAGAAAUCCAACAUAGUGAAGGGGCAAUGGACAUCAGAUGAAGACAGAUUGUUGAUUCAACUGGUCGACCAAUAUGGAGUGAGGAAGUGGUCACACAUAGCUCAGGCGUUGCCUGGAAGAAUAGGGAAACAAUGCAGAGAACGAUGGCAUAACCAUUUAAGGCCAGACAUUAAGAAGGACAUGUGGACUGAAGAAGAGGAUAAAAUACUGAUCCAAGCUCAUGCAGAGAUAGGAAAUAAGUGGGCAGAGAUUGCAAAAAAGUUGCCUGGAAGAACUGAGAACUCCAUCAAAAACCAUUGGAACGCAACAAAGAGAAGACAAUAUUCCAAGAGAAAAUGUCGUUCAAAGUACCCUAGAGGCUCUCUUCUUCAGGAAUAUAUCAAGAGCUUGAACCUAGACCAAAAUCCACCUAUGGACUAUCGAAAAAAAUCUGUUAAAAAUGCCAAUCCAAAGACAAACAAUAACGGCAAAGCAGCAGCUGAGCUCCUGUGUGGUGAUCAAUUCUGUUCCAAUGGGCAGUUGGUGACAAAGUAUGAUUUUAACGAGGUCCCAGAUUUUUGUUUGGAUGAUAACUUGUUUGAAGAGGGGUGUAGCAUUGAUUCUCUGCUAGAUGAUAUACAAAGUGCUUCUACUAUGGAUGACAAAGAUUUUGAUGGAAAAGUACAAUGUGCUCCUACUGUGGAGGGAAAACAGUCUCAUCAUCAUCACACUGAGAUAACUAUGGGGAUUGAAGUUAAGAAGGAACUGGAUUUGGUGGAGAUGAUGUCACAUCACGUUAAUGAAAAGUAG